GACGAGGACACACCAAGCGCGCGCUGUGCUGCCGCUGCGGAGUCGGUCGGGUGGGAGAUCGACUCGGUCGCGCUCACGGUAGGGUGAGGGUGGGGGGCGCGCGGUGGUGCGUGCGCGCGAGCGAUCUGACGUGCCGUUGUCAGUGUCAGUUGGUUCGCCGCGGCGACUGGUGGUGUCGUUGACGUGUUACUGACUCCGUUCCGGUCAACAUACGUAUUACAUUUGCGCGCGACACUCGCUCUCGCGAACGUUGCGAAGCGUUCCUUUCGGUCUUUCUCUCUCUCUCUUUCUUUCUCUCUCUCUUUCUCUCUCUCGGUUCCUCUGAGCCCGCGAACAAAGAGCGGCGAACCGACGAACAGAGAGAAGAAGAAGAGGAAGCGAUCGGUACACCGGCGGCUGUGCCGAAGCUUCUUCCGGUUUCCGAAACGGUCUCCGGCCUGCCCGUCUUCGUCGACGCACAGACGGGCGGCGAGACUUACGGACGCGCGCGCGAAUAUCGCCAAGUUCACGGUGCUCUGAUUGCGCGCGCACGCACACGAAUUCACGACAGUGUCGUCGUCGUUCGAGAACGAGAGAGCCGCGACUUUCGCGUACAUUCGGCACCGUAUCGCGCCCGGCGAUCUCUCGGCCCGUCGACGUAGUACGUCGACGUACAAGAAGCAGCGGCGGCACGUGCUAAGUGCGGAACCGAACGAACGAACGACGACGGCGGGUACGUGCAGUCAUAAGAGCAGAGAGAGGCGGUCACGCGCGGCAUACUCACGACGGCUGAACUCUCUCGGAGACCGGAUACAUCCAUGUAACGUAUCUGCGCGCAUCUAUAUACGACCGCGGCUUCUCGGAAGAUAAGUGAAACGUGCCGUGGCCUAGUGUCCCGACGACGACGACAGGAAGGAGAAGGCUUGUACACAUUUGUGGCUCCCUGGAGAUCGGCGAGGAACGCCAGCGUCGGGUCGCUAUGAUGGAGUCGCUCUGCCAGGUGAAUGGCAGUAAAACCAACGGCAUCAGCAAUGGCGGUCUCAAGGAGACCAACAACAACAACGUAAACAGCAACGCCGGCGAGUGCGCCGAUCCGCAGCAGAGGCUGGCGGUGCUAAGCUUCGAGCAAGUGCGCCGGCUGAACGACGUGAUGAACGAGGUCGUGAGCAUCCACGGCCGGGGUAACUUCCCCACCCUGGAGGUCAGACUGAGGGACCUCGUGACGGUAGUGCGCAGCAAGCUGGAGACCGAGCCGAGCAACGGAGGCGCCGGCAUGAGGGUACGCGACAUCCGGUUGAACGGCGGCGCCGCUUCCCACGUGCUGGCCACCGAGUCCCAGCCUUACAACGACCUGGACCUUAUCUUCGCGGUGGAGCUGUCGAGCGGCCGCAACUACGACAAGGUCAAGGCCGCGGUGCUCGGUUCCCUGUUCGACUUGCUGCCGGAGGGCGUGAGCCGCAAGCGCAUCACCACCUGCAGCCUAAAGGAGGCCUACGUGAGCAAGAUGGUGAAGGUGAACAACGACGGCGACCGGUGGUCCCUGAUCUCCCUCGGCAAUUCCCGGGGCCACCGGAACGUCGAGCUCAAAUUCGUCGAUUCGAUGAGGCGGCAAUUCGAGUUCUCGGUCGACUCCUUCCAGAUCGUCCUCGACUCGCUCUUGCUGUUCUACGAAUGCAGCAAGUUGCCGAUCGGCGAGAACUUCUACCCGACGGUGGUCGGUGAGUCCGUGUACGGCGACUUUCAGGAGGCGCUCUACCACCUGCACAAGAAGCUCAUCUCGACGAGGCAUCCCGAGGAGAUACGCGGCGGCGGCCUGCUCAAGUAUUGCAACCUGCUUGUGAAGAUGUACAAGCCGUCGCAGCCGGAUUACAUCAAGACCCUCGAGCGGUACAUGUGCUCGAGAUUCUUCAUCGACUUCCCGGACAUAGGUCAGCAGCGCGCCAAGCUCGAGAACUACCUGUGGAAUCAUUUCGUCGGGCCCGAGGAGGAGACCCUCAAGUACCAGUACCUGAUGUUGCUGCACAGCGUCGUCGAGGAGUCCACCGUUUGCCUGAUGGGCCACGAGCGACGGCAGACCCUCGCCCUGAUCGAAAACCUCGCGUAUCAGGUGCUCUGCCAGGAGCAGCAGCAACGGCUGACGAGUCACCAGCAGGCGCCCCAGGCGCCGCCGGCCACCUACGUCUACGCCAACGGCUACUACUACACGCCCGUCAUACCGGCGGCGUGCUACACGUGCACCUGCAACUGGAUGGCGUGCUCGUCGUGAUGCGACGGCAGCAUCGCCGCCGCCGCUGCUAUCGUCGCUACCGCCACCACCGACGACAACGCCGCCACUCACAACCAUACCAUCACCGCCGGCGACA